CUCAGACCACAGUCACGUGACCGAUGUUUUUGUCGCUUCGCUUCCGCGGCCGUUUGGUGUUUUCGCCGCGUCAUGUGGAUAUCAGGAAGCCGAACUUAGGGGCUCAGAGGCUGAAAGCUACAAACGGACUCUUCCAGAAAGCUGUCCCGGGGUUCCGAGGACUCCCCACCUCUGCACACACUCUUCCUGUGGGCGUUUUGCGAGGCUCGGGAUGGCGGACGGGGAACGGUCGCCGCUGCUGUCCGAGCAGCACGACGGGACCAACGGCUUCUCUCCUGGGGGAAGCUCCAAUGGAUACCUGUCCAAACCGCAGAGUUUGGCACCGUUCCCCAGCUCGGUGGCGCCAGGCGAACCCCCGCCACCGUACUCGCCCCAGGGCAGCCCGGACAGCAGCAGCGCUCCCGUCAUCAGCUGCCGGGUCUGUCAGACGGCCAUAUCCGUGGAGGGGAAAACGCACCAGCAUGUGGUGAAGUGCAGCAUCUGCAACGAGGCGACGCCGAUAAAGAACGCUCCUGUUGGGAAGAAGUACGUUCGCUGUCCAUGCAACUGUCUGCUGAUCUGCAAAGUCACGUCUCAGAGGAUCGCCUGUCCCAGACCGUACUGUAAACGUAUCAUCAACCUGGGCCCGGUCCACAUCGGCAGAGACAGUCCAGAACCACAGCACCAGCCGGUCGGCAUCAGAGUCAUCUGUGGACACUGCUCCAACACAUUCCUGUGGACAGAGUUUUCAGACCGGACUUUGGCUCGAUGUCCUCACUGCAGGAAAGUCUCUUCCAUUGGCCGACGGUACCCGAGGAGGAGGAGCCUGCUGUGCUUCCUGCUGUUUGUCGCCCUGGUCGCCUCCACCAUAGGACUCCUGGUCGGUACGUGGAGGCCGGCCCAGCGGUCCAAAGGGAUCUACGUCUCCUGGGUGCUGCUGAUUCUCUUCGCUGUGUUCACGCUGGCCAGGACCAUCUACUGGUGGUGUCUGAAGAUCAGCGAGCCCAUAUCCAACAUCACAUAGAGACAGGGAGGCAGAGAGCCAGGGAAAGAUCUGAAGAAACCAUGAGCAGAACAGAUGAAGGGAGCGGUAGAUGUAGAGGGAAGUGAAGGAGGAGGUAAAGCAACUAUUUAACACGUCUAAAUGCCAUAAUUAAACCAAGCUGGGUUUCAGUGUCCAUGAUUGGCCUCUAAACAGCACAGUGACUAAUCAUCUCCAACGUCUUCACUUCACCGUGGUCCUUUCAGAAGUCAGACGAGUGUUUUCUGUGAUGUUUCCAAGACUUACGCUGCUAUUUUUUUUCUAGAUUGAAACCUCCACGGGAUAAAUUCAGGAGCGGGAUUUGUUCGUUUUUUUUCACCUGAAUUCAGAGAAAUCUAUGAAAUUAAAUGACAGUGACAAAGUGAUGGCAUCCUGGUGACCACUUUAUGUUUUCUAUCAACAGUGAGAUUAAUGCAGUGGAGGAGCUGUUUGAGUUGGUUAUUGUGGAUAUGAAGAAACAAGAUGCACUCAUUUGUGGUUUUUUAUCAAAUUCAGUCCUUUUCUGACUGUUUUUCACACGUUCACUUUCAAACUCAUCAAAAACAGCACAGAAGUAAGUAAUGUCUCUACAUUUGUCUGAAAUGACAUAAACUUGUCUAAAAAGAUGUGAAAUUUGUCCACAAUGACAAAAACAUGCCUAUAAAGACUUGAAAUUUCAAAGUGAUUCCACAUUUGUUAACUAUCAAUAUAAGCAUUACAAAAUAACCAUGAAUUUGUCCACUUUGCCAGAAAUCAUUGUCACAAAUGACAUAAACAUGGUAAAAUUACUUAAAUUAACCUAUAACAAUGCUCAAAUUGACUCAAAAUUUGUCAAAAAUGAAAUGUACCUUUCAAAAAAGACUCAGGAAAUUAUUUCAAAUUUGUUUACAAACGGACUCCACAUUUGUCCAAAAUUACCUGAAACUUCAAAAUGAUUCCACAUUUGUCAAAAAUGAAUAAAAAACAUUCCAAUAACUCAGAAUUUGUCCCAAAAUAACAGAAAUGAUAGAAGAAUCAGUUGAAAUAGCCUGGAACUUUGCCCAAAUGUGCUCAAAAAAGACUCAAACUUCACACAAAGCAGUUUGAAAUGUGUCCAAAGCGUAGCAAUGCCACAUGAGCAGUCCUGGAACUUUCUGAUCACACUCGUACAUCGAAGGUUCUCUCUUGUUCAUGAGCUGAUUAGCUUAGCUGAGCGUUAAGACGUCAGUGCUUUGUUUUUUAAGCUGAAGUGUGAAAAUUACAACUUCAAGUUCUGCUUUUAUGCUGGAUAUUUUUUCUUGCUGUUUGCCUCCGUUUCCGGGUUUAAUGCUAAGCUAAGCUAAGCUAACCGCAUUCAGGCCAAAGCUGCUGAUGAACCUGAAAUGUCAAAGUCUUUCUGAGGAUUCUAAUUUGAGCAGAGAAACAUUCACUAUGACAGUUUUAAUGAUAAAAAACACCGGUUGAACUUUCACUGUUGUAAUAGUAAAAUGAAAAUUAACGGCGAAAACGACAUUUUUUCACGUCUCAGAAACAGAAUACUGAAAGCUACCACCACAUAAACCCAACAGCUCAUGUCAUUUAAAGGCUUGUUUUCAGUCUGAAGAGUGAAAUUUGAUCACAAAGUCUAUAAAAGUAUGAAGAAACCCGGUGGAAGGCCGGCGAUGUUCAGAAGUUAGUUUAAGCUAACGGAGGAUUUCCACGGGGACGUUUCAUAGACGGGCAUUACCUGAGGCUGUCUGGGAUCUUUUUCUUUACAGGUUUUCUAAAGUAGUAGUGUGCCAGCAUCAUAUCAUCUCACAUGGGGGGUUUGGGGAGAUUUUCUUUUUUCUUUGUGACGAAAACUCAAAAUUUUGUGUUGAUAACAUGCAGAAUAUCACUGAUUUCUGAUAAUUUUUUCCUGUCUGUAAAUCACCUGAAGCACACAGGAAGUGUUUUAUUUAUUUAAUGAUGUGGAUCAGACUAAACUCGCGGGUUAGACCUGUGUUUCUGUGUAAAUAUGUCCAGUGGAUGUUGAUUAUUUCAGACUGUACAGUUUAUCAGAGCUGUUGCUUCCCCCUUGUGGCCGAUUAAUGUAAGUACCUGCUGACUGUGAAACAUGUUGCACUACAUUGUACUGAUGUACUACUACUGGAUGUUUACUUUCUGGUGGACGGAUUGUUCUUUUCUCUGUUUGUAUAUUGUGGAACAAAGUAAUACUUUUAACAAGGUC